AUGAAAAUAGUGUUGCAGAAAGUAAGCCAAGCAUCAGUUGUGGUGGAAUCCAAAGUAAUUUCAAGCAUUAAACAUGGAUAUAUGUUAUUAGUUGGUAUCUCUACUGAAGAUUCUUUGGAAGAUGUUGAGAAAUUAUCGAAGAAAGUACUAGCUUUAAGGAUGUUUGAUGAUGGUAAUGAGUAUGGAUGGAAAAGAAACAUUAAGGACGUUAAUGGUGAAAUAUUAGCUGUUUCGCAAUUUACUUUACUUGCAAGGACUAAAAAAGGUACCAAACCUGAUUUCCAUAUGGCUCAAAAAGGUCCAAUUGCAAAAGAACUGUAUGAUACAUUUCUGAAAUUACUAAGAAACGAUCUUGGCAAUGAUAAAGUUCAAGAUGGUCAAUUUGGCGCAAUGAUGAGCUGUAGUUUAACAAAUGAAGGUCCCGUCACUAUUAUCUUGGAUACAAAAGAAUAG